AUGACUCAAUACCGACUUGGCGUGGAUUUAAAUGCAGGCAGGCACCGCCCUGGUAUGCUGGACUUCAAAGGCAAAGCAAAGUGGGAUGCCUGGAGUGCAUUGAAAGGAAUGUCCAAAGAAGAUGCAAUGAAAGCUUACAUAGCAAAAGUGGAAGAACUAAAGGGUAAAUAUGGCAUCUGA